UUACAUGAGAUCAGUUUCUACAAUGGCAGCUGUAGACAACAUACUGUGUCUGUUCGUCUUAGUAUCUGCAGUUUUGACACACUUACAUAUACACACAGUUACUGUGCCUCCAUUUAGAAACACAGAGGCAUCAGACGUGGCUUCUACAUUCAACACAGACGCUCUCCCAACCCAAAUCCUGACGUCGGUUUGGAAUAAAUGUCAUUUUAAAAAAAUGACAUUUAUGUAUGCUGUAAGAUUUGGCGUGUUCUUGACAGCGUUUCACUUUGUUUUUAGCGUUUAGAUGUGGAAGGAGAUGUUUUUUCAAAACUGCACAUGUGGACUGGAUUUCUUUUAAACGAAAAAGGAAAACGUGCGUUUUCAAACAUAGGCGUGUACGUUCGGACGCAGCCUAAAGUCAUCACAAAAAAAGCAAAUUCUCUGAAGAUUCUUAGUUGAGGUUUACUGAUCAUUGUUGUUUUGUGUUCCUUGUAGUCAAAAUGAGUGCAAGUGGAGACGGACCACAAAAUAACCAAAACGGCCAACAGGUUAACCCACAAAGGUUUGCAAAUGGAGAUCAGCAACCUGCUAAUGAACCAGUUAAUGGAAGCUUCUUGAACGAUCUGUAUCUCACUCUCCGUGAUAUUUGUUGGUUUCUGCAUGAGCUAAUAGCUUCAGUACUGGAACAAUAUGAUGACUUCUACGGUAGCGAUGACGAUGACAACAAUGUCAACGCUCAAAAUAUUAAUGUGAGGGACAAUAAUGCCAAUGCUGACAACAAUGAACAGCACCAGGAUCGUAAUGCUGUGGUUGUUGGUGGCAUUGAAAAUGAGGAGGCAUUUGAAGACCGUGUGGAUGUUCACCAGUACAUCCCAGAAGAGGACCCUCAGCCAGGUGUUUCCAGGAGGAGGUCUAGAGAGAUGGAUGAAGAACAUGUGGAACCAAACAAAAGAAUCAGAUGGAGCGAUGAUGACUCUGACUUCUUCUCUGCCUCUGACACUGAUAGCAUGGGCUGUCCUCGUGUUGGUAAUAUUGCCGAUGAGGACAUCAAUCACUCAACUGCAUACGACCACUCUGAGAGCAGCAGUGAUGAACUUUUUGAAGGUGCACACGAAGAGCUUGACCACCAUGAAGCUGGAGGCUCGAGGAAGCGUUCCCGAGAGGACUUUGAGGAAGAAGAGGAAUACUUGCCGGCAUGCAAAUUUCAGAGGUGUUCAAAUGAGUCCAGCAGCAGCAGUGAUGAAGACUAA